AGUUAUCUGCCCCCGCCCCGGUAGCUCAGUCAAUCCAACCCGAAGAGAAGGCGAGUCGACGGGCUAAAAAUAUAACAGCUAACACAAGAUGAGCGGUUUGCCUCGUAGGAUUAUAAAGGAGACGCAGCGGUUGAUGGCCGAGCCUGUUCCAGGGAUCACGGCCAUGCCAGAUGAAGGGAAUGCACGCUACUUCCAUGUGAUCAUCGCUGGGCCUCAAGACUCUCCUUUUGAAGGAGGCACCUUUAAACUUGAACUAUUUCUUCCAGAAGAGUAUCCCAUGGCAGCUCCCAAAGUGCGAUUCAUGACCAAAAUCUACCACCCCAAUGUUGACAAACUGGGAAGAAUAUGUUUAGACAUUUUGAAAGAUAAGUGGUCUCCAGCUCUGCAGAUCCGCACAGUGUUGCUAUCUAUCCAGGCAUUAUUAAGUGCUCCCAACCCAGAUGAUCCCCUGGCAAACGAUGUUGCAGAGCAGUGGAAGAGAAACGAAAGCAAUGCCAUUGAGACAGCCCGAUCAUGGACCAGGCUCUACGCGGGCAACACUGAAGUAUAGAAGAACAGAGACGAGGCUUCUGAAUGUGAUCCACAAAAUGUACUCCUAUUCUGUCAACAUUCAAAUUUAACAAACACAAAAAAAAGAAAAAAGAAACAAAAAAAAAAAAAAAGAUAAGUCCAAAUCUAUUUGAAAGAAAUGACAAGAUUUACUGCUGCAGACCUCUGGGUGACUUAUUUUCCUCUCUAAGACGCGUUAAGUGUGUGUUAGCCUUUUCUUUUUUUUCUGUGUUGCUAUUUAAAUGCAUGGACAGAGAACGACACCCUCCCAAACUACAGUCUUAAAAAUAACAUGCAAUCUGUUGUCCUGAACAAGGCACAUACUGGUACGUUUGCAGAAUAUACAUGCAUUAAAGCUGUUCUUCUUUUAACACAUGCAGUAUUUGUCAACACAUCUGUAUGUCUAUGGUGAGAGAUGACAUGCUCUGUUUUUUUUUUUGUUUUUUUUCAACACUUGGUGUACAUUUGUCUCCCACUAGUAGUAAGCAGACAGAAAAAUCUGAAUACGAGUGAUGACGUUUGCCUUAACUCUUUUUAGGGAAUGAGAAGAGUUUAUUGGAAGAUAGCCCUUACAUUCGACAAGAAGGUUAGUUUGGAUUUCCACUCCUGUGUGUCGGUGCGUACCGACACGUCACAACACUGAAUAUUUAGCUGGUGGUGCAGCUACUGUAGAUCAGCGUCAUCUCAAAGAGCACAUGGGGCACUUAUAACCGAGCACGGAAUAGAAACUAUUUACAAUUUGUUCUUCGCACAGCAGAGACUAUCUUGUUUUUAUAAGAUUUGGACCAGGGCUCCGCACAGGAAGUACUAAUUUGUAAUCCUUCAAAAAGACACUUUCUGUAACUGCAGCACCAAUCAAGUUCGAUUUUUUAAUAUAUAAUACAUUUGAAGACGCCCUGGCGGUUGCUGUAUACCUGCUAAAUUUGCCAGUAGAUAAUACACAGUACUGAACAGCCACAGCUAACAAUUAAAAGCAUUUAGCUAGGGUGGAUUUUUGGCUCCAGCAGAUAUCAUUUUUAUCUCUCUUCAUCCUUUCCAUCUCGGUCUUAGAUUGAUAGAAAAGACAGAUUAGUGUGUGAUUAGAUGCCUGAGCCCAAUUAGAAGAGGACUGUAAUUAUUAAUCCAAGAUCUGAUGAUUUAAUGUCAUGUAACGUUACGUCAAGGAGUCUGGUUUUCAGUGAAAGUUGGACAGUUUGGGGAGGGUGAGCAGAUUAAUUCCACAUGCUUAAAAAAAAAAAAGCGUUUUCAACACAUUCGGAAAGACACAAGUUGUUUGUGCUGGAAGUAUCGGUAUGCAUGUAGUAACAGGCUACUAAAAUGUGUUGAUUAUGUACUUUUUUAAAAGGAUGUAGGCUGUUGAGCUGUUUUCUGUUUUAAUUUUCCUUUUAUUUUAACUGUCUGUCCCAUGCUAUCUAUGUUGCUUGUUCUCUAUUUUAUUUUUCCAUGUUUACUUUAUUAAAAAGGCAUGUACCAUAACCAAACUUAUAUCAUGGUGAUUCAAAUUAGUUUUCUUCCAGGUGUUUUGAGAGCUAAGGCGUUGAGUUGUCUUCAGAGGGGAAAGUUCAGGCUUUUGUUUUGAAGGCGGUGGCGUUGUUGUCUGUAUCGAAGAUGUCUUUCACCAUGAUUUUCAGGAGUUGGUCUCACCUGCUUUUGCUCUUUCUAUGAUACUGAUCUGUGAUGAUUAUGCAAGUGCAUUGAAUUGAUAGGGUCAUUGUGGUGGCAAAAAAAAUGAUAUUACAAAUAAAAGGUAUUAAAGAUUAAAGGC